GAGGAGAGACGGGCGCGCAAGGAGGAGAAGGCCAUCCGCCAGGAGAAGGAUCGCGAGGAGGUCGAGGAGCGCCGCAAGCUCGAGGACCAGCUCGCCAUGAUGGAGGAGGACGAGGAGACCCAAGCGCGCUACGGCUGGGUCACGGGCGCUAAGGAGCUGCUCUCUUUGCCCGAGGUCACGGAGAGGAAGGAGGGCGAGGAGGUAACCUUCCGCGCCCGGAUCCACCACCAGCGCAAUAUCUCCAAGCACAUGGACUUCCUCCUGUUCCGCGACCAGACUCAUUCCAUCCAGGGCGUCCUGCAGCACGACACCCCGCACUUCGUCAAGUGGGUGCAGCGCCUCGAACCCGAGUCGCUGGUCCAGGUGACCGGCGCGCUGCAGAAGCCGCCGCAGGAGGUUCGCAGCGCCACCUACAAAGACCUCGAGAUUGAGGUCUAUUCCAUCCACCUCGUCAACCCGGCCCGCGAUCUCACCUUUGACAAUUAUGACCCGCCCGAGACCACCCAACAGCGCCUGAACAACCGCAUCCUCGACUUGAGACACCCGUCUAACCAGGCCCUGUUCCGUAUCCGGAGCAUGAUCACCAGGGUCUUCCGCGAGGUGCUGGAGAAGGACAACUUCAUCGAGAUCCAGACCCCCAAGCUGCAGCCUGCCGCCACUGAGAGCGGCGCCGAGGUCUUCAAGGUCAACUACUUUGGCCGCCGAGCCUUCCUGGCUCAGAGCCCUCAGCUGGCAAAGCAGAUGACCGUGUCUGCCGACUUCGGCAAAGUCUUUGAGAUUGGCCCCGUCUUCCGCGCCGAAAAUUCUAAUACCAAACGCCAUCUGACCGAGUAUACGGGUCUUGACCUCGAGAUGGCCAUCCAGCAUGACUAUCACGAGGUUAUGAUGGAGGUCGACGCCUUCCUGAAACAGGUCUUCCGCACCCUUCACUCCAUGCCUGAACUGCAAGUCGUGCGCGAGCGGUGGCCCUCCGAGGACCUUGUCUGGCUGGACGAGACCCUCAUCCUCCCCUUCACCGAGGGUCUACAAAUGCUGCGCGAUGACGGCGUCGACGUCGAGGAAGAAGACCUUUCCACACCCGACGAGAUCCGCCUGGGCGAGCUCGUCAAGGAGAAGUUCAAUACAGACUACUAUAUCCUCGACAAGUUCCCCGCCAAUGCUCGGCCCUUCUACACACACAAAGACCCCGAGGAUCCCAAGUGGACCAACUCGUUCGACAUCUUCAUCCGAGGGCAGGAGGUGUGCUCCGGCGGGCAGCGCAUCCACAACGCCACGGAGCUGCGCGAGAACAUGCGGCAGGCCGGCAUGGUUGAGGAUGGUAUGGAGGCCUACCUCGAGGCCUUUGACCUGGGCGCACCCCCACACGGCGGUGCCGGCCUGGGCCUCGAGCGCAUCCUCGCGUGGACGCUGCAGCUCGUCGAUGUGCGUUACGCGACGCUGUACCACCGCGACCCCAAGUCGCUGCCCGAGAGGUCUGCCCGCCUCCCUCACCCGGAGUGCGAUACAACGCACAUGCGGCCCAUGGGCACCGACGAAUGGCCCCUGGAGAAGCUCAUCGCCAAUUAUGGCGACGCCACCAACACCUCGUGGCUCGACGAGCGCUUCGAGAUUUGGCGCCACAAGUCCACGGGCGCGGCUGUGGGUUACGUCACCAAGGAGAAUCGCUUCGCCAUGAUUACCGGCGACCCGCUCUGCGACCCGACCCAGGUCGACAUGGUGGUCAAGGACUUUGUCAAAUUCGUCGAGAAGGAGCUCAAGCUCACGCCGGUCUGGAUGCUGGUCUCAGAACCAGUCCAGGACGUCCUGGGCCACAGGCUGGGCUGGCGCACGCUCACAUGCGUCGAAGAGCAGCGCGUGGACGCGGACAAGCACGCCGGCGGGCCCAAGGGCCGUGAGGCGCGCAAGAUCGAGCGCGAAGGUAUCAAGAUCGAGGAGAUCAGCCAUCCCGAUGAGGAAUUUAGGGCGCGCGCAGACAAGCAGAUCGAGGCAUGGAAGGAGAAGCGCGGGGGCAAGAAACAGGUGCACCUGACUGAGAUCAGGCCCUGGGUCGACAUGGAGCACCGGCGAUACUUUGCGGCCGAGAAGGAGUUCGAGGAGGAUGGCAAGAAGGAGACGCGCGUCAUGGCGAUGGUGGUCCUGGCCCAACUCGCGCCCCGCCAUGGCUGGCAGGUCAAGUGGGCGCUCGACUUCCCGGACACGCCCUCGGGUGUCAUCGAGGCGACGGUGGUCACGGCGCUGGCGGCUGUCAGCGGGCCCGUCACCUUUGGCGCGGGCGUGUCGGAGAGGUUUAUUCCGGGCGCCAACCUGGGCGGGGUACGCGCCAAGUUCCUCGCCAGGACAUACGACACCAUCACCAAGAGCCUGAAGCUCAACAAGAAGAGCGAGUUCAGGUCCAAGUUCGGGGCGUACGGUGAGCCGGUCUACCUUUGCUACCCGAGGAGAGGCUUGGGGGUGAGGGACUUCAAGUAUAUCAUCCAGUUCUUUGAGGAUUAAGGGAAGAAGGCUUCUAUUAGAAAAGAAGAAAGAAAAAAAACAGGAAAGGACAAGACAAGACAAAAGAAAGAGGUAAUGAAAGGAUGGCAGUAGGGGACGCAAGAGGUGGAUGUGGUAAUUUUCUAUGGGUCGGGUUUCCUCAAGUUUCCUUUCUUCCGCGUAUCCGUCAUCCUCCCUUAUCCUUUAGAUUCACAACUUGGGUUUGAUACCUACCCUACUUGCAUGGGGGUGAUGAGAACGAUAUAGUUAAUGAUACCACAAUAGCGAAAUCUUCAAAUGUUCAACUUG